AUGCAGGGUGUGGGGAGCUGGAUAAAAGGCGCUCAGCUCGCGGGGACUCUGCACACGGCGGACUCUGCACACAGCGGGCAGCAGCCACCAGCGAAGACAACCAGACCAGCCAUGGCCAAGGAGUGGGGCUAUGCCAGCCACAAUGGUCCUGACCACUGGCACGAGAUUUACCCCAUCGCCAAGGGAGACAACCAGUCGCCCAUCGAGCUGCACACGAAGGACAUUAAGUACGACUCCUCCCUGCAGCCCUGGUCUGCCUCCUAUGACCCUGGCUCCUGCAAGAGCAUCCUGAACAACGGCAAGACCUGCAGGGUCGUGUUUGAUGACACUUAUGAUCGCUCCAUGCUGAGGGGUGGCCCUCUCACCGGGCCCUACCGCCUGCGCCAGUUCCACCUGCACUGGGGCUCCGCCGACGACCACGGCUCUGAGCACACCGUGGACGGGGUGCAGUACGCCGCCGAGCUGCAUCUGGUGCACUGGAACCCCAGGUACAACACCUUCGGAGAAGCUCUGAAGCAGCCGGACGGCGUCGCCGUGGUGGGCAUCUUCCUGAAGAUAGGACGUGAGAAAGGCGAGUUCCAGCUGAUUCUCGAUGCGCUGGACAAAGUGAAGACCAAGGGCAAGGAGGUGCCCUUCACCCACUUCGACCCCUCCUGCCUGUUCCCUGCCUGCCGUGACUACUGGACCUACCACGGCUCCUUCACCACCCCGCCCUGUGAGGAGUGCAUCGUGUGGCUGCUGCUCAAGGAGCCCAUGACCGUGAGCUCCGAGCAGAUGGCCAAGCUGCGCAGCCUCCUGUCCAGCGCCGAGAACGAGCCGCCGGUGCCCCUCGUGGGAAACUGGCGCCCCCCUCAGCCCAUUAAGGGCCGGGUGGUGAGAGCCUCCUUCAAGUGA